AUGACUUUCAUUCAGAGUCUACGGCUUUUGCGGCCGACGGUGCGCGCUUCGCAGGUCGCCUGCCGUGCGCAGUUCCAUGUCGGGCAGUCAAGUGGUAGAAGCAGCCGACUUCAGCAAGAUGGAGCUUGGAGGGAGCGGGAUAGCAUAGCAAACCAGACAGAUGAAAAUGCUCGGAUAUCGGAGUUUCAGAAGAUGCGCCUCGAGGCGCUUGAGGAGGUUGGCGCCAAAGAUCUGUACAAUGAGACGCACCCGCGGCUUGUUCACCGCAGGAAGCCGAUGUCGGUCCCGACCUUUAGAAAGGUGUGGAAGGAUGCCAAUCUGGACGACCCGAGCAAUACUGAGAUCGUCACUCUGUAUGGCCGCGUCCAGUCCAUUCGUCUGCACGGGAAAAAGCUCGUCUUCGUCACCAUUGCCAAUGAGUUCGAGACGAUCCAGGGCAUGAUCAGCUACCGCAACCUCGGCAGUGCCCCCAACAUGAACAUUGACACCUUUAAGCUCUUUACACGGUUGAUCGGGAGGGGUGACCACAUCUCCAUCACCGGCAAACCCACCCGCACGAACAGCGGCGAGCUCACCGUCCGGGCUGUGUUACUCCCGGAGCUGCUCGCGCCAACCAUGGAGCAGAUCCCGCACACCCUGACGGACCCGGAGACCAGGUCGCGCAAGCGGCAUGUCGACAUGAUGGUCAACCCCAAAGUUGCUGAUACCUUGCGACUGCGCUCACACAUCACAAAAUACAUUCGCGACUACCUCCACGAGCGGUCCUUCCUCGAGUUCCAAACGCCCAUCCUCGCCGAGAACGCUGGCGGCGCUGUCGCGCGCUCCUUCACUACCCAGGCCACCGAGUUUCCCUCUAAGGAGCUUUCCCUCCGCAUCGCGCCCGAGCUCUGGCUCAAGCGCCUCGUUAUCGGCGGCGUCCACAAGGUUUUCGAGAUCGGCCCGGCCUUCCGUAAUGAGGGCAUCGACGGGACCCAUAACCCCGAGUUCACCAUGUGCGAGUUCUACAGUGCUUACACUAACCUCUCUGAUCUCAUCGCCAGCACUGAGGAGCUACUCGCCGGCCUCGCCGCCCACUGCCAGCACCUCAUCGAGACCCAGCUCACAUCCCUCGAGCCUAUCGACGCGUCUAAGUUCGCCCGCCCCUUCCGCCAGCUCGAGUUCAUCCCGGCCCUUGAGGAAGCCCUCGGCUUCCGCCUACCCAAGCUUACCGGCAAGGACGCCUACUCGGAGCUUAUCGCCGUGCUAGCCCUCUCCAAGGUCGAGGUGCCCGGCGGUAUUCCGUCGACGAUGCCCAAGCUCCUCGACCGGCUGGCGGCCAUCUACCUCGAGCCCAAGUCCUUUGAGGCCCCGCUCUUCAUUACGCACCACCCCACGUGCAUGUCGCCGCUCGCCAAGAGCUUCGUCUGCCCCAAGACGAUGCAGCUCGUCUCGGCGCGCACAGAGCUCUUCAUCAACGGCCGCGAGCUAGCCAACAUGUACGAGGAGGAGAACGACCCGUCGGUGCAGGCGCGCAAGCUCGCCGAGCACAGCUUCUUCGGCACCGGCAAGGAUCCGGCGCCCCUGGAGGACGUGGACGCGCCUGUCACGCCCAGGGACGCUCCGCUCGACAAGAGCUACAUCCAGGCGCUCGAGGCCGGGCUGCCGCCGACGGGCGGCUGGGGCUGCGGCGUCGAGAGGCUUGUCAUGCUGUUCUCCGGCGUCAACAGGAUCAGUGACUGCCUGAGCUUCGGGACAUUGAAGAAUGUGGUUGGGCUGACGUCCGAGGCGCAGCACCACUCAAAGUCUUCGUGA